GAAGAAGAAGGAGUUGUCCGCUGGCCCUUCCGGUGUGUUAACGUGAAACCGGAGCCCGUCUACGGAAAGCCUUAUUAGACAUUCUCUGGUGAAACCGACUGGAGUUUGUCAGCUGGAAGUCGCAGCGAUGUAAACACCGGUCGGUCCUGCCCGCAAAGAAAUGAACGAGUUAAGUCCUUUGUUGGGCAACCAGAUUUCUGGGCAGCCACCGGAGGGCUCAGACCUUCUGUCUCCAAACUUGAGGCCCAGGCACCAGGAACUGAUCCCAACACCAUGUGGACCGAUAAAGCGCUGGUCGGAGCUGUCAUGUCCGCUCAAGCUCUACUUCUGCUUCACCAUAGUGUCUCUGCUGGUGCUGCUCGGCCUCACCGCGUCCAGCAUCCACAAGCAGCACAUGGACACAGAUGUGUCUGAUGAGGACAACUUCACCGUAUCUCUCAUACAGCUGUUUGGAAUAUUGUUUGGCCUCUACUACAUCAGCCGGGGCGUGUUGCAGGAGAACAGACAGGAGCUGGUGGCGUUUGUGCUCACCAUGCUGGUGGUGAUGGUUCGUUCAGUCGUCAACUUCUCCGUGCUGGGGUCAAAGGACAAGGAGGAGCUGCUGGUUCGUUUCGUGUGCAUCAUGACUCUGGGCCUGUUCCACGUCAUCUGCACCCUGCUGCUCAUCCAGAGGCCCAACAUGAUGGCGUUCCGUGUUGGCGGGGCCUUGAACAGGCUCCAGGAGCAAUACUUUCUGCUUAACCUUUGUUUCUCCAUGGUGACCUUUGACUUUCAGGCUCAGUUGUGUCUGUGCAUCCUGAUCAUGACGUCGGACUCGGCCAUGCCUGCUGCUCCCGACCGCAUUAUCAUGGGCGUCGGGGUGGCGUGGGCCUGCCUGACUGCCGCUGUCGGGGUUGUUGCUGUUUUAAAGGAAGCCAAGGUCUUAGUUUGGAUCUUCAUGGUGCAGAACCUUCCUCAAGUGGCCUUCUUUGUUUAUCUGAUGUACACGGUGAUAAUGAAAUGGUUUGAGGACAGCACGUACACCCUGGAGGCAGCCGCUGUCACUGGAGCUUUGAUUUCACUGUUGAUUAAAGCAGUUUUAUUCUGGGGCCUCAUCAAACUUAUGCACACCUUCGGCCAAGGCCUUAGGGAGAGGAUGUUUGCACCCAGCAAGUGAUAAAACAUCCAGUGGUUGUGGACCAAGGACACAGCUGCAUGCUGAGGGGAAGCUUUAGCACCGUGGUGCUGACCAUGGAGCUCAUUUUUUCAUUCCACAUUAACUCCACCAAACAUAUCUGUCAUAUUGAGGUCUUUCCAGCCUAAUGUACUCUUUACUGUAUAUAUUUUAUUUAACUUAAAUACAGGAUGUAUAGCAACACAUAUCCGCUGCCUUGAAACAUGCCUUUUCUAUGAACAAUAAAUGCCUUUGUAGAUUGGAUUCAUAGUAUUUUUUACUGUUAUAUGCACUGUAAUAGCUGAACCCAUUGGUGUUUGAAAGCACCAAAGAUUUUAAGUGGCCGACAAUUUGAAAAGGAGCUUUUAUCUUAAAAGCUCUCUUUCUUUCCUUCCUGUGAAUAACUCUUAAGGUUGACUAACUUUGACUUUACUUUACUCGUCACUAGACAACUUUGGGCAUCACUGGGAUAUAUUUUUUUAACUUAAGCUCCUGCUGCACCUUAAUACACUCGAUUGCACAAGUGUUUCUUUUUCAUUCAAGGUUCUUAAUAAAAUAUGAAACCAAGA